UUUGGGGAAAUGAAGAUUCCAAUGUCUACUCCCCAGUGUAUCAUGUCGUUGAAGAGGGCGACGAUGUGUUGAGUUGGAUAUGUGUAUAUAAUAAAGAUAGAAACUGUCUAUCUAUCGAAUGUGAAUAUCAUCAUCAGAAUUUCCAAAAAAGCAAGCCUCUCUACCAAUAACGCAUUUCCUUAUUUACAACAAUAUUCCCUCCUGAUCUGAACGGAAUCAUCUAAGACUAUCAACUUGAUAUCAUACAUUUCCCAACUCCUUAGCUAUCCUAUCUACCUACUUAUUCACAAUGAAGUCAAACUUCUUCGCGUCGUUAAUACUUGCUCAAGGCAUUGCUGGCCAUGUCAUCCCCCAUUCCUCAGGUUGCAAGCCUACUGCCCCCAAAACUGGAAAGGCCGUGUACUUCCUGUCCAACGACAACGAGAAUUCGAUUGUAGCUUUGCCCAUCCAACCGGAUGGCACUCUCAAGGCCGGAAAGAGGAACCCGGUUAACGGAGUCGGAUCUAAUGCGAUAGACGGAUCUACGAAACAACCUGCCGCGCCGGACGCACUCGUGAGCCAGUCUUCUAUCACUAUAUCUGGAAACACUGUCUUCGCAGUUAACGCACAGAGUGGAUCUGUGACCCCGAUGACGAUCUCUGACAACGACCCGACCCACCUACAGUUCAGAAGCGGAGGAGCAUCUUACAUCCAAAAGCCGUUCCCGAACACCGUUGCCGUGUCCGCCAAGAACAACGUCUUGUGCGUCGCAACAACCGCCACCCAAGCCGGCGUCUCCUGCGCCGGGUUCCACGACGGCGGGCUGGAACCGUUCAAGUCUGUGCUGGCUUUCGACCUUGGACAGUCGAACCCACCUGUCGGCCCGACGAACACCGUCUCCCAGGUCCUGUUCUCGGACGACGAGUCCAUGCUCAUUACCAUCGUCAAGGGCGACCCCAUGGCCAACAAGACCGGAUUCAUCUCCACGCUUCCCGUUUCCGAAAUCAGCUCCGACUGCCCGCAUGACACUCGCACGACCCCCGAGGGCACCGCCGUCCUGUUCGGGUCCCAGAUCAUCCCUGGGACCAGCACGCUCUUCGCGACGGACGCCUCCUUCGGCGCCGCCGUGCUAAACAUCGACGCAGCGACCGGCGGCGCAUCGGUCAUCCGCAAGCAAGCCCUCGAAGACCAGAAGGCGACGUGCUGGGCGGCCUACGCCGAGGCUACCAAGACCGUCUUCGUGACGGACGUGGCCGUGCCUCGCAUCGUCGAGAUGAGCGCGCAGGACGCCAGCAUCGUUUCCCAGAUCGACCUCUCGCACACCGGCGACGCGGGCUUCAUCGACCUCGCGGCCGCCGGUAACUUUCUUUAUGUUCUUUCCCCCGGCACCGAGGCGACAGGUGCUGCUGUCGUCGUCUUGGACAUCUCGGGUGGCCAGGGAAAGGCGAAGUUCCUCCAGAGGUUCGACGUGAAGGAGUUGGCGGGAAAGAACGCUCAGGGGCUGGCGAUUCUUCAGUGAGGGUGAUGAGGAGGGGAUUUUAUUCGCUUCGUAUUUAUACUUUUAACCUAUUGUGUUCCACUUAGGUAUUUUUUUGUUCAAAACUAGGUUUAGAGGUUUGAUUUAACAUUAAAUAUUUACGGUCUGUUUGCGUUCAGUUUUGCUGUUCAUGUAGUUGAGGUUAUGAUUCUUUCAAGUUAUUCAAAAUACAGGAGAAAAUAAAAAUGGAGGUAAAAGUGAACUGAACUAACUAGAACUUGACGAAUUGCUUUGGGCAUGAGAUGAACCAUAUCUAAUGAGAGCGCGGCAUGAUUUGACGCUUUUGACACUUGGCUACGUAGGCUAAGCGAUACUGGAUCUCUACAAUAGACUGCAUACUAUGCCCCUGACACUCACUCUGUACGACAUCCAUCAAAG